GGCACCGCGCGGGGAGCGUCCCGUACACCCGCACGGAGCGUCCCCUCCGCCCGCACGGUGAGUGUCCCCGCACGGCGGGUGAGUGUCCGCCCAGCCGCUCGCUGCGUGAGAGUCCCCGCAGCCGCUCGGUGACUGAGAGUCCCCCGCAGCCGCUCGGGAGCUGAGCGUCCCCGCAGCCGCUCGCUCUCCCGGGGAGCUUUGUGUUUCUGUCAGCGACAAGAUGACAAUUCAUAUUUCUACCAAAUGAUUCAGUGACUCAUCCUAUUAACUCUGCUGGAAUACACGCUCCCAGUCGUCCUGCCACGGUUUCCCAGAUGUUUUACUGCUUCUCCUUGUCUCAUCUGGGUUUAAAUUACGACUGGAAGUCUCUUCACAUUUGACAUUCCUGCCUUUGGAACUUAUGCCAGCUGCAGUUCUAAACCAACCAAUACCACAAUGACUGAGGACUUGGACCACAGAUUCAGUUACCUCACCUGGGAUCAGAUUAAAAUCCUGGAUCAGGUUUUGACUGAGGCUAUACCUAUUCAUGGGAGAGGAAAUUUUCCAACCCUGGAGGUAAAGCCUAAGGAUAUAAUCCAUAUGGUAAAGGAGCAGCUCAUUGAGAAGCAGAUCCAUGUCAGGGACAUCCGCCUGAACGGUUCCACUGCCAGUCACAUCCUGGUGAAGCACAAUGGCACCAGUUACAAGGACCUGGACAUCAUUUUUGGAGUGGAACUUCCCAGUGAGCUCGAGUUCCAGGUGGUAAAGGAAGCAGUUCUCAAUUGCCUAUUGGACUUCUUGCCAAAAUGCGUUAACAAGCAAAAAAUCACGGCUCAGACCAUGAAAGAUGCCUACGUUCAGAAGAUGGUCAAAGUCUCCACCGACCACGACCGCUGGAGCCUCAUCUCCCUGUCCAACAACAGCGGCAAGAACGUGGAGCUGAAGUUCGUCAGCUCGCUGCGGCGGCAGUUCGAGUUCAGCGUGGACUCCUUCCAGAUCAUCCUGGAUUCCAUCCUGGCCGUCUACAGAGCCUCAGACCGGCCCCUGACACAGGACUGCCACCCCGCCGUCAUCGCCGAGAGCAUGUACGGGGACUUCAACCAGGCCAUGGACCACCUGAAAUACAAACUGAUCUCCACCCGCAACCCGGAGGAGAUCCGGGGAGGCGGCCUCCUCAAGUACAGCAACCUCCUGGUGCGUGACUUUAAGCCGGCGGAUGAGGCUGAAAUUAAAUCUCUGGAACGUUACAUGUGCUCCAGGUUCUUCAUUGAUUUUCCCGACGUUGCCGAGCAGCAAAGGAAAAUCGAGUCCUACCUGCGCAACCACUUCAUCGGGGAGGAGAAGAGCAAGUACGACUACUUGAUGACCCUGCGUGGGGUGGUGAACAAGAGCACAGUCUGCCUGAUGGGGCACGAGCGAAGGCAAACCCUCAACAUGAUCACAAUCCUGGCUCUGAAAGUGCUCGGAGAACAGAACAUCAUCCCCAACGCGGCCAACGUCACGUGCUACUAUCAGCCUGCUCCCUAUAUCAGUGACAGAAACUUCAGCAGCUACUACAUUGCCCAUGGACAGCCCCCUGUGUUCUACCAGCCGUACCCUUUCCACAUACAGCUACAGAGCGGGAUGGUGUAGGAGCACUCCAACCUGAAGCACUCACCACUCCUCCCUUUCCAGUUCUCUCCUUAAUAAAGGCCUCAUUAAAGCGAGUUUUAUCAGCACUUUUGAGUUAAGGACAUAUUUUUGUGCAAGUUGCCAAAGUUGUUUGGUUGGUCAAUGUCUAACUCACCAUUAAGCAGGUGAAAUAAGUGAAGCGUCUGUCAUUCGUGAAGUGUUUAUACCUUGAUGUGUGUUUGGGCUGUAUUUUUUUGCAAUGAAAAGAGAAGGAUAUAAAUUAUUCUAAUUUUGUAAAAAUGAAAUGCACUAAGUUCUGGGUUCUAAAAAGAAAAAUUCUUAAGAAAAAUAUAAAUGGUGUCAAUGAAAACUGAAUCCAAUGAAAUACCUCUCUGUAGAAAUGCCUGAUGUUAGAAGGGACAGUGCUCUGGGUAUGUCAAAGUCAAUCAUCCCUUGGUUUUAUCCAUGCAGUUCCAGCAGCUUUUAUUUGCAGCACCUUUGAAAACACACCUUGCUUGGUCAUCUCUUGGUGGCUGAUCAUUCCUCAGGUCAGUCAGAGACUCGGGGUCUCAAGAGCAGACUCAGCAUUUUGUGUAUCUGAAAUUUUCACUGAUCCCAGGGAAAGAUUUGGCUGCUCAAGUCAGGCAGCAUCAGAGCCCAGGAUCUGCCUCACAGAUAACAAAAGCUGUAAGAGGUACAACUAUUCUGAUUAAAUUGGUUUUGAAAACCAAGGCAAGAGGAUGAGAAAGGAGGUGAAAAUUGAGCAGAAUGGGCUCACUUUCUAUCACUAAUUUGUUAUUGAUCACAGCUGCUUUAAUGCACAACAAACAGAGUCAGGAAAAAACUCCAAAAGCCCAGGACUGGCGCUAUUUUUAGGUGAAUUCAAAAAAAUCCUUGGCAGUGGCAUUUGAAAAACUAUUUUAUACUGGUAAAGUCCUGUCUGUGUUCAGAUACCUGCACACAUCCACCGGUAGCAAACGAGGAUUUACAAUCAGGAAGCAAAACAUGAAUUAUACAUUUUUGUGUGUGUGAGUGUUUACCAAAGAUAAGUUUUAAACAUGUCACAUAAGUGCCUCCCUGUGCCAGUUGCUCCAUGAAAUGCUGGAAAUGGUGCCAGAGAGUUCCUAAAUUAUGGAAAGGGAAACAUGGAAAGGGAAACAGGCCCUGGGGUUGCAGACUGGUUGUAGCAGUGACGGGCAGAGGGUUUGCUCCAGGAUGAGCAGGUUUGGGACAGAUGGAUCUAAAAACCAAACCAAACUUGGGAAAAGGAAUAUGGAACAAGAAGGACUAGUGGGAAAAGGAGGUUUGGAAGGGGUGUAGGUGUAAAAUGGGAACAGCCAACUGGAAAUGCAAGCUGUAGAGUUUCUUACAUUGACUUUGUGUGUCGCUCUGUUGUCCCUGUCACUGUUCGUCCUCAUCUCCUCCUGCUCCAGAGCAGUGGCUGCAUUGCAUCCAUUUCCAACAGGUGUCAGGCCUUGGGAAUUUCUUCUACUUGGGCACAGGAGUUUGAUUUAUUUUACCGAGAAAUGUGGUCUAUAAAUGUGCUGUUUUGAAUCAAACAUUUCUAAAUUUUCUAAGGUCUGUGAAAUCCGAUUGCCAGUGAAAUGUAGCUUCCCUUUCCCCCAUUAUAUUCCUGUACAUUUGAACAAAGAAUUGUUCAAAGACCAUAAUCACUAAAGUCAACUUUUUUCUGUAAAAUACAGUGCAAAAAAUUGGUAUUUCUACAAAAUAAGGUUUUGCUGAUGAAUCUGAUUAAUUUUGUGAUGUCUUUCAUGAAUAGAGUACUGUUACUUUUGCUGAUUUUUCAGGUAUGUAUAAUUUGGUGUCUGAAAGCACACUUUAUUCCGCUUCCACUAAGAUAUUUCUGUUGGUAAAACUAUAAUUAAUAAAACCAUCAAUUCUAAUUGCUCUGUAAUCAGCUAUGGUAGCGCCAUGUUUGCAUGAAAGCACUUCUAGGGAAUUCCCCCUGUCAGGAGCAAAAUGGAGUGAGACAUGGUGGAUUCCUUUAAUUUCUGUUUUAAUUGAGCUGUCAGGAUGACAAAGGGAACCUUUCCAUUUCGUUUGGUGUUUGCCAUGUUAAAUAGCACUGUGAAAUUCUGUAAGAGCCUUACAUGGGUCACAUCCCUGCUACUGCUUGGGAUCUGCAGGGACGAGGAGCUGAGAGCUGGGCUGGGGAAUCUGUGGGAAUCAGGCAUCCAAAUGCCUUAAAUUUCAGGGGGAAGGGGGCUCCUGAUCUCUUUAGAUUUGUUGGAAAGUCUCAGUCCAUCUGCACUGACCUGUGACCUUAAUGUAGUGUUGCCACAUUGAUUUAUUACUGCUCCACUCCUGGUGUCCGUGGUUGCUGGGUGGAAAAAUGGGUUGAUCUUCCCAAGAACCAGGGAACAGGUCAGGCAGGAAGGAGCAUUUUCAGCGUGUCUUGCAUGGCCAGUGAUCCAAAACCCAGAAAAAUUCUUCACUAAGGUGUUCUCUAACCAACAAGUAGAAACAUGCCUUGAGUAAAGCACUAGAAUACUUUGAAAAUCAGAUAUUGUGGAAGUAUCAGGAGUGGUGAACUCGCUGUGGAUUUGUAUAAACCAGCCUGUGCACUUGUACAGAACUUUAUUUAAGUAUAUAUUGAAUUCUGUCACCUCUCUGUUGAUCCAGGUUAGGUAGGGAAGGGCUCAGCCAAAGUCCCUGGAGCUGGAGGGAAGAACCCCCCUGGCUGAAAUGGGCUUUGUACCCCAGGAAAGAGGAAAAACUUAGGGGAGCACCUGCAGGCAAAGGUACAAAGACAUCAAUAUGCAAAAAUCUCUCAGGUAUAAAUAAACCCUUUAAAUUUAUGGAAAAAAGGUCUUAUAUUUCUUACCUAGAGGUAGUUCAGUUCUGAAGGUUGAGGUUGUGAUUUUGUAUAUGUAAGCAUAUAUAUAUUUAUAUAUAUAUAUAUGUAAUUUAUUUAGCCUUACAUAUAUAAAAUCUCGUGUAUCUACACCUACAGGGGCAAUUAACAAAACCUGAUGGUUUUAAUUAUUUCCUUCCAGAUGUUCUAUUGAUACCUGGCAGCAGUAAUUAACCUGGAGGGGGUUUUUUUGUUUGAGGUCAUAAUGACUCUGUAAAGUAAUAUUAAAAAGGGGAUGAUGUAUUGACUGCUGAUUGCAAAACGCUGAUAUCAGUGUGUAGGAUGGAAUAUUGGAACCUCUUCUCCAGUUGUUACUGAUUUUAUCAUGUGCAGAUCUAAAUCUACAAAGAAUUGAGAGUUUUCUCAGUGCCAGUCUCCUGAGCUUCAUGUUUGCAUUAUAAUUAUAUCUCGUUGUUACAAUCUGUUCAAUGAUUAUAAUGCCUAGAAAUUGUAAUGCUGAUUUUAUUUAAUCACAAAACUUCUUAGGGUUUACAGCUUAAAGUAAUCUAAUGUUGUCAGGACCUAAGUGUUACAGUUUCAAGUGCUUUCCUUAAAAAAAAAAAAUGUCCUUUGAAUUUUGUGUUUUGUUGUAAAAGGUCUAUUUGAAGCAAAUACUUUAUGGUAGUUUCUUUAAAUGUAUUUUGUGAGCUUUAUACUCGACACGUUACAGAGGUUUUUGCAAUGGAUGAAAGAAAUGCAAAUUGUGCUCAGUGGAGGUGUUGCCUCUCCAUGUGUUACCUGGAGCCUGAGGAUCUGUGAGGGGAUUUGGGUGGUGUUAGAGGAGUUACAGUGAUAAAUUGGAAAUAAAUUUGGAGUUAUUCAGGUGUGGAUUCAAGAUGAGCUGCAGAAAUACCUGGAGAAAGGAGGGCAGCGAGUUCAGUUUUGGUUUGAUUCUUUUUCUAUUAAAUAAUCACAUGGAAGGGCAUUCAGGACAAAGCUGUUGCAGAUGAAAUAUUCCUCUUAAUGUGCCAUCUGAAGC